CAAACGUCAACGUUGGGGUUACACAGUGUGUACAAAAUAAAGGCUGAAUGGCUUGGACAUGGCUGUUGACCUGCCGCACUUACUAGCUGGAACACCUUCGGCAUAAAGCUGAAGGAUAUCUUGUCUGAUAAACAGCCCGGACGUCUGUGUCAUUGAUGGCCACGGGGUGUAUAACACACAGUCAUUGAGAGCAGAAGGUGAGUCUCCCAAGAUGCGGACACAGACGAAGCUGAAGUUUGGGAUACUGUUUUUGACGGUUGUCGGACUGCUAAACUUACUUCAUACAGUUCUGACGCUGGAAAAUAUAAUAACGGUUAAUCCCAUGUUAAAUAUACCCCCGACGACCAUCAAUAAAUUUAUUUUUCAAAGUGACAAACUUCAUGACAUUUACCCCGAAUCAUCUGUUCAGCAAACAAAUCAUGAUGACACAUCUGAACAUUUGUACCAAGACAUCUUGAACGAAUCCAGACAAGAACCCAUGUCCGAGGCACCGUCCCGUGUUCGACCUUACUUGUGUAACAACUGCUUCAGACACGACUUCAACUAUCUCAUACAGAAUGAGGAAAUAUGCAGGGAGACCAGUCCUGGUUCAGUUGAUCUUCUCAUGCUCAUCCUGACAGCACAUGGCAAUACCUACAGGAGGAAUGCCAUACGUUCUACGUGGGCUUCAAUCUCCAGGAACAAUACGGGACGUGUACGCUAUGUGUUCCUGCUAGGCGAAGUUCCUCAGCUGGACUUAAUGGGCGCCGUGUUGACCGAGGCAAUGUAUCAUGGGGACAUGCUGAUGGAGGACUUCAGAGACUCAUAUACCAACCUGACGUACAAGACAAUCAUGGGUUUUCAAUGGGCCACGUUAUAUUGUCAAAAUGCUAAAUUUGUCUUCAAAACAGAUGACGAUAUGUGGAUCAAUGUGCCCCAGCUAUUGAAGCUAACCAAUUAUCAUUGGGAUUUUCUACAGUCAGGAGUUCUUGGUUCAUGUGGAUAUUGGCAUACAGUGAUAAGGGAUAAACUGUCCAAGUUUUAUGUGUCUCUGGAAGAGUAUCCCUAUAGUUAUUACCCUCGAUACUGCUCGGGGAGUGGCUAUGUGACUAGCAUGGCGGUAGCAAGACAAGUGGUUUUCAUAUCUCCCCAUGUGCCCUUCUUGAAGUUUGAAGAUGCGUACUUUGGUUUGUGCUUGAACGUCCUUGGCACAGUCGACAUGGCUUCUGUUGAUAGCUUCCUCUAUCUCGCCGACUAUACAGGUGAUCCAUGCAUCCUAAAGUCAGAAAAUGUCACAACAUGCCAUAGCGUGCCAAUGUCAUUUUUUCAGAUGUUGUUGAAUGCAGAAUGCUGAAACUGCAUGUGUAGUAUAUAUGGGACCAGAAUUAUAUGAUGGCAUGAGGACAUGUGACAUGUGGAAAUGAUGGACAUUGUGACGAUCGGUAAACUAUAAAUGUCAACGCCAAAAGAAUCCCCAGUCUCGAUUAUCCGACGAAACAGAUUUCAUUGGGCGUAAAAAAAACCCAGCGGUGACAAUUAUAUGAAUGGAUCACUGGAAAUCAGUGAUGACACCAGGUGCAAAAAGGGAAAACAUAUCCGCCACUCACACUAUUUGCAUAAAAAGUAAGUGUUUGUUGCUCAUUCUGCCUUAGAUUUGGUAUAGAAGUCAAGGCGUCAAGGCUCGUAGUUCCAGCGUCUGCCCGGAGAGCGGAAUGUUGAUGUUUGGAGGGCGGACUUGUCAUUCGUUUAAAGAUAGUACUUGUUGUUACCCGACUUGGGGCUUGGCAUUAAAGGGAUAAAACAAGGACUGAACGGCUUCAGUAUAAUGUGUCUGAGAGGGGUAUUCAUGUUAAAGUGCGGCAUGGUGUCCUAGAGGGUUAGCACUAUAAAACCGGCGUUAGUCAGAACUAGGAGAAGCAGCCAUGCACACCCAGCCACGCACGCACGCACGCACCCUCUCUCCGAUAUUAACAAUAAUUGCUUGAGUGUAUGCAAUUUCAGAGAACGAAGUUCAAUUCUGUCAAAACAUUUGAUGGUUCAACCUUGUACACCACCAUCCAACACAACACAGAAAAAGAGAAUAAACUUCAUCCAUGGAUCCAUGGGGCAUUUGCUACUAACCGUGGGGGUGUACAGUUACAUGUCUAUCGUUAAUUUGUCAGAAAUGAAAGCAAAUGCUAUCUGAAGUUCACUGAGAGGGCAAUAUAUGAAAUGCUGUCCUUUCGUCUUGGUAAUAUUUUGGGGGUGACAUUCAGGCAUAAUGUAGGCAUACCAUGGCCACCAACUGAACUAGAACCAAUGAAACCGCCUCAUCUGUCUCAUAUUUAGAUAUAUGCACAAAGAUUCAGGGUGACUAAACAUUCUCCACAAGACAAGAGGGAUGACUUCAACUUUCCAAUAGUCAACGUUUCCUUCAAGUCCAGCAAUGUUGCAGCAGCUACAGCCCUUGGUGUUGAGACUUCUGAGGUACCCGAGCAUGCUCUUUCUGCGAAGAUUUCAAAGAGCGUCAAACGACUCUUGCUCAAACGUUGUUUGGCGAAGGUUUAAUAAUUGAAGGUUAUAUCAUUAAAUGCCUCAGCAAAGCUUUCAAAAUGUUUUCAGAUGGUGAUAUGGAGGACAUAUCCAGAUAUGACGCAUCAAUGACACACGAUGUCCGAUGCAAUUCCCUAUUUUGACUUGAUUCCUGUUUCCGAGUUUUUCACAAACACAUGCUGAUGAUAUUGUCGGAAUCGUACAAUGGACUCUGCUUUUAGCAUAUGUUUUUUUACGAUCAAAGAAGUAAUGUUUCGCUAUUUUUAAUGGGAUUGAGCUUACAUAGAGCCUUUACGUUAGAGACAUUUUACACACGGAUCCUACUGGUCACGAUCUCGAAUGAGUUAGGAAAUUGGUGUCUUGAAUUCAUUUUUACAGUGAAGGCCUUAGCUGCCCAACUUUCAAAUUUUCAAAUGCGUGAAAUAGGGACAAGGGACUACUAUUACGUGAAUGAAAGUUUGCAAGCUUAUCUAACAGAUACCUAUCAAGUUACAGGCCCUUGAUACAUGUUAUUUUACUGUCUGCACCUUUUUUAUAGUUAACUUCCAUAUUAUUCUCUACAAUAAACAAAUAUAAUUCUAAUGUGCCCCGUGGCGGGGGAUAGUCAUAAUGCUGUUUUCUGGUUCAAAUGGUUAUUUCGGCUGUGCCAUUAGUUCCUAUUCUGCCAGUUCAUCUACUAGUUCAUAUUUGCAGAAGUCGGUAAUUAUUUGGCGAGUCAUCUGACAGGGGGUCAGAUUGACAGGCGAUGUAAAACGAAUGCGUAAUUACGAGUACAAGUUUAAUCUCAUUGCACAUUACUGUACAAAUGCAUCGAUAUGUCACGUGACACUUGGCUCCUGACUUGUGUGUUCUUGAUCCGAGAGCGAGACCCCGUUGAAGGUCAGGAGUGAGUGAGUAUAGUUUUACGCCACUUUUAGCAAUAUUCCAGCAAGAUCUGGACGGUGGACAGAAGAAAUAGGCUUUACACAUUGUACCCAUGCGGGGAAUCGAACCCGGGAACCAUUGACACCCCCCGCUCCACUUCGUGACGCGGGAUAAAAAGACGAGAAUAUUGAAACAUGUUUCUUUAUUUAUAUAGCAGUCAUCAAUUAUUCUGUUCUCUCAGCGUAAAACAAUAUUAUAGAAAAUGUUGUAUGUGUGUUAAAGUUAUUGUGUCUCACGUCACCAGUACCAACCAUACUGUAUAUUUGUGUAUGAAAUCUUCCGAAUCAGAGAAGAAUAAAAUCUAAUUAUUUCUUAAAA